ACGACCACUUGACCAUGUGUAGCCAUGUCUAUAAUUGUAAAUUUGCGCUUAAUUUUGAAUUGCGAUGGAUGACAUGGCAAAGGCGCUAGGGGCGUACGCUGGCGGCCUGCAGCAGUCGUUUGAGUCGGUCUUUGAGCGCGUGGGGCAGAGUUUAUCACAGAGUGCAGAUGUGAUGCGCAUGAUGAACGAGGUGAUGGAGUCGGCCAUGCUUCAGAAUCUGUGGAUAUCUUCCAGUUACCAAGUCCACGGAGGUCUGAUCAUCGACGUGAAAAACCACUCGGAGAUCGCGUUGGGUCAGACGAAGAUCCGUGCUCAACUCUACAGUUCAGAGGAGCCAUUCUUCUCUGCAACGCUUGAUUCUCUCGGGGCUAUGGGGCGGAUCCAACUGCAAGCAUCGAUUCAUGACGUCCCUCGUCCGAUAGCAGGGUUCAUCGAGUUGGAAUGUAUCAGUCCAGGUACACAACAGCCUCUCACUAAGCGCUCACCGUUCCGAGUGGUUUAUUUCCAGCUAGGUAGGUUUCAAGCCCUACGAAGUGCGGAGGAGGGAGCUUCUCCUGGCCCGACUGAAGUGACAGUGGCAUCGGACAGAUUUUUGCUGACAAAAGUGAGAGAUCUCCUGGAAAUCAGUCCGAUCGACGGCAUUUUGAGGGACGAUGAGGGCAGGUAUCGCUUCCACCCAGAAUUUCCGCUCCCCAACAACCCUGUGCUUUACCUGUCCGUGAAGACGGGGGGAGCAGGUGACCCAGCAUUUCAAGUCACGGUAUCUGCUGCUGGAAGUGCUGAUACCGCGGAAGAUCGUCGACGUCAAUGCCAGCAGAUAAUCAAUGAGUUGGAGACUGUCGACUCCGAUGAUUCAGACUACUAAAGCGAUCGUUCGUUAACAAGACUGCACGCGUCGUAAGCUGACAGCAAAACAGGUAUUUUGGUAUUGGGAAUCUCUAUCGCUACUUGUCUCGAUGGAUUUUUGCUCAGCUCGCCUCCAUCCCGUCAGCUGCGAAGAAAGCAUCACUAUUUUACGCUACCUUUUGCACUUCACCAUGCAGCUUAAUUAAGCCCAUUGGCGCUUGGAGAGGUAGCCGCGAUCGCUGAACCACUUGUGUAGCAGGAAAGACUGCCCACCGUACAUGGCGCCCAGUACGGCCAACUCGAACAUCGUGUAGUAGAUAAUGCGGGACUUGCUGCUCUCAAGCGCUGUAGCAUUAUCCGGCCACCAUUAGUACAUCCAGCAAAGAUAUUCGACAGUUCUACCAUCUUAGUACUUACUCUGAACGUGACGGUGUACUCGGGCACGGUAGUAGUCCUGCUCAUUGCGAAUGAGCUUCAGCAACGUCUGCAAUCGGUCCAGCGACGUCUUCACACCUUCUAUAUGCUCUAUUAUCGCCAACAAACACAAAUUACACGCAAAUACAUCAGUCAAGUGUCACCAGUAUCUCCCC